GAGCAGUCAUAACAGAGGCGGUGUCAGUACGUCUCUUAUCACAGACCAUAUUCGGGCAAUGCUUAAAGAAAGCGUGGUCAUCACGGGUAGAAUAUAGCACCAUAUAUAGUAAUAUGAAUCUCUACUUCAGUGGACAUAGAUGUUGAAGUGUGUGACGGGGUGAUCGAAGGUCAUUUCAGGAUAAUGAUAUCAAAGACUGGGGUUUGUCUGCAUCGUUAGAGACCGAAAGCACUGCUGUGAUAUUGCUGGAAGUUUGCCGACGCUGUAGAGCAACACUCACUCGGGCAUUCAUUUGUCUCUGGGGAGAGUUUGUACAGAUUCUAGCACAGUUAAAGAGACUUCUACAGAAGGACAAUGUUUGAGUGUUUAUCACAGUUGUGGCCCCAGUCUGUGGUAACCCAGGCUCUCGUUGUUGGGAGUGUGGUUGGACUCAUCGCCUAUAAUCUCUUCAAGAAACGAUACAACCUACCGCCCGGGCCCAAGGGAUGGCCAUUGAUAGGAAACAUUUUAGAUAUACAAGGGGAUCUUAUGUUUCGGAAGUUCAGUGAGUUGAGCAAAAAGCACGGUCCAGUUAUCAAGAUUAUGUUGGGUAAUCGGAUGGCAAUUGUCUUGAGUAGAAUUGAUGUUGUAAUGGAAGCUCUCGUCACAAGACAAGCAGACUUUGCCGGGAGACCCGACAUCUGUUUCAUUAACGCAAUUACCGAAGGAGGAAAAGACAUAGCAAAUGCAUCGUACGGCCCAAGGUGGAAGUUGCACAGGAAAAUAGCAUCUAAAGCGCUGAGGCACUAUCUAAUGGGAGAUAACCUCAGCCGGAAAGUGUCCCAAUCACUCAACAUCACUACAGCGUUGAUGAGAAAGGAACAAGGAGCCUUUGAUCCUUUCCCCUACCUAUCACUGGCGAUAUCCAACAUGAUGACAGGAAUGCUGUUCAAUAAAAUCAGCGAAAAUACAGACUCCGAAACCUACAAAACAUACGUAGUGAACCUUGACGAGUUCAUGAAAGAAGCAGGAUCAGGCCUUCUCGAGGAUGUUAUUCCCCUGCUUCAUCUGUGCCCAACGCCGAAAUUCAGACGUGUUGUUGGCGUGGCAGGAAGGAUAGCAGACGCCAUCAGAAUGGAAAUUGCAGCCCAUAGAGAAACGUUCAAAAAAGAUGAGAUACGGGACUUCACGGAUGCUCUGAUAUUGGCUCAGAAAGAGGCUGAAGAAGAGGACGACCCGACCCUGAUGUCACAGAUCACAAACACACACAUGGUUCAUACAAUCAACAACCUAGUCGGUGCCGGUAUAGACACCACGCGGAAUACACUCCACUGGGCACUCCUCGCCAUGGCGCUCAACCCUGACAUCCAGAAGAAGGUACAAGAAGAGGUGGACUCUGUUAUUGAUGCUGAUUUGAACGUCCACGUCUCGGACAGAGACAAGUUGCCAUAUACAGAGGCUACGCUACAUGAGAUAAUGAGGAUUCGGUCUGUGGUUCCCUCGGGGCUUCCCCAUUCCACUCUCUGCGAUACCACAGUUGGUGGCUACGAUGUUCCCAAGGGAACAAUGGUGUUCAUCAACCACGAUGCUUUGCACUUUGACCCUGACCAAUGGGAGGACGCCAAGACAUUCAAACCUGAACGAUUCCUUGACUCAGAUGGGAAUAUGGGCCCCAAGCCAGAAAGCUGGCUUCCGUUCUCUGCCGGAAGGAGAGUCUGUCUCGGCGAGACUGUCGCCAAACCUGAGCUUCAUCUCUUUUUCGCUGGAAUCCUGAGAGUGUUCACGAUUUCACUUGCUCCUGGGACACAGCACGACUUUGAGCCAAAGAGCACGGGAGCACUUAAUACACCAGGGAGAUACCAAGUCGUCGCCAAAUCAAGAAUAUGAAGUCGUUCAAACAUCAUUAUCAGAAAUGGGCUCAUAUCUUAAAGCUCUUAGCGACCACUCUCUUUAGAGUUUUUUAAGGUCGUCUUCUCCAUAUAAGUAUUUAUAUACCAAUCGUAAGUAAAACUCUGCAUUGGCCUUCAUUUACGUUAAAGGUUAUUUUCUGAAAGUCAAUUGUUAAAAAAUAUCACGAUGGGAUCAACCAAGCACAUUACACAUUACUACGCAAGAUGUAUAUAAGAUUGAGUUUACAGUCGCAGCCAUUUCAUAGUUUGACUUUUCCUGCCCUUUUCAGUGCAUAUUCAUGUUCAUAUUCCAUGUGUAUAAAUGUAUAUUCCUUUGUAAGGCCAAAUAAAAAAAUGUUGUGGUUCCAAUUACACCUUUUUAAAAUUUAAGGUAGGUAGGUAGGAAAGAAUUU